AUGUUGGAUCGAGGGCUUACCGGCUACGGCGCCUACGCAGAGUCGCCAAGUUUCUCCGUCAGGGUCCGCCGUCGCAUGUCCGACUUCCUCAGCUCAGUCAACCUCGAGUACGUCAACCUGGGCUACCGCUACCUCACCCGCCGUGAGUUCUACCUCCUCGUAGCCACAAUCCUCGUCGCCAUGUCCGGACAUGAUGUCCCAAAACGUUCAUCGUGGACCUACGGCGUGACCGGCGGAGUGGCACUCGUUGUGCUGUCGUUCGUCGUCGUCGUCUUGCUACACCUCGAGUUGGCGCCGUCUUCAACGUACCUCAUUGACUUCGCAUGUUACAGGCCGCCAAAGGACCUCCAGGUGUCACCUCGGUGGAUCUUAUUGUGAUGCAGGUACAAAUGGGCUCAAAUUUGAUAUAUGAUCCUUAUUCUUGUGUGGGGAUGGUGGGCACAGAUAGGGAGGGCUGAAUUCGUCGAGCUGGUGAAGGAAUCAGGCAACUACGACGUCGCUGCCAUCGAGUUCCUUAAGCGGGUGGUCGAGAACUCGGGAAUCGGCGACGAGUCCUAUAUGCCCAGGUCGUUGUUUCGGCCAGCCGAGAAGGUCAACCUUUCAGCGCAGUGGCCGCGUGCGGCGCCUCUCUGUCCUUUCGAGGCCGCCGACGGCGUGUGUAGGUCCUCUCUCCGGUCGGCGAAGGCCACCCUUCUUCGCGAGGGUCGAGCAGAGGCCGCACUGGUCAUGUUCGGUGCCGUAGACGACCUGAUCGCGUCAACGGGCAUCCGGCCAAGGGAUAUCAAGGUUCUUGUGGUUAACUGCGGGGUCCUCAAUACGACUCCAUCUCUCUCGGCGAUGCUCAUCAACCGUUACAAGCUGCGGCAGGACGUCCACAGCUUCAACCUCGGUGGGAUGGGCUGCGCCGGUGGGGUGGCCGCGGUGGGCCUGGCGAGGGACUUGCUGGGCGCUCACUCCGGCUCCCUCGGACUCGUCGUCAGCACCGAGAUCGUGUCCGCGACGUGGUACCGGGGAAACGACCUCGAUAUGCUCCUACCCAACUGCUUCUUCCGAAUGGGCGCCGCCGCUGUGCUUCUCUCCAGCCGCCGCCUCGACAGGUGGCGCUCAAAGUACGAGCUGAAGCAGGUACACUUAUUUUGGAGCACUUCCUUUCCUCCCCGGUCACCAAGGGAAAGCUGUGAAACUCGGCGCAGAUGGAGACGGCCGGAUGGCUAACAGUGGGUAUUUAACUGGAACAGGUUGUGCGCACCCACUAUGGCGCCGACGACCGUAGCUUCAAGUCCGUGCGCAUGAAAGAGGACAGCGAGGGGCGGCAGGGGCUGUCCGUGGGGAGGGACCUGCUGGACGUGGGCGGCGAGGCACUCAGGGCCAACAUUAACGCCUUGGUACCGCCGAUAUCGGAGCGAAUCAGCUUCAAAUGCCUGCUGCCGUGGUUGCCCCUGGCGAGGAACAAGAGCAAUAGUAACAGGAAGCAAGAAUCAGUGUCGGAGGAGAACCGCGGCAGCGACGGUAACUGCAAAUACGUGGCUGACUUAGAGAGGGCGUUCGACCAUGUAUGCGUCCUAGCGGCGGGGAAGCGGGUCCUGGACGAGGUGCAGAGGGAGCUAGGCCUGUCGGAGGAGUACAUGGAGGCGUCGAGGAGAACGCUAGAGAGGUUCGGGAACACGUCGAGCAGCAGCGUGUGGUACGAGCUUGCGUACCUGGAGGCGCAGGGUCGAGUGGCUAGGGGAGACAGAGUGCUGCAACUAUCGUUCGGCUCCGGUUUCAAGUGCGGCAGCGUCGUGUGGCGGGCGCUCCGCGGCCUGGGCAACCCACGCCGGAGCCCUUGGUUUAAGGGCUAA